UAUUUUUCUUUUAUUAAAUAGGUAGCUACUUAAAUGUUUAUAUACGAAAGGGUGACAUUUUACAUGUUGCACUGUGCCCGCGAUGUUAUCUGUAAAGUUGUAGUUAGCUAGGAUACUUCCAUUCUUGGGUCCUAGCCUCACGCUACAUACCUCUAGCCAAUAAUGUACCAAUUUAAGGUGUGAUGUUGCUUUGGCAUGCAUGAUCUCCACAUCUCUUCCCGAGGGUGUCAAGCCAGACUGUAAACCUCACAGUGCCAUGGCUGAGGUGUUGGGACAAAGGAGCUUGUUGGGCUUUGGUGUGGUGUUGGCAUGGCUGCUGCUGUUCCACCUUCUGGUCAACAUCUGGCUGCUGUGCGUGUUCACCAGUCUGUUGGUAGUGCUCGGUGGCUGGCUUGGCUCGCAGGCCGUCCUGGAGUCCAAUAGUGUGGUUCACCUGGAGAGGUUUAUCACCCUGCAGCAGGUUCCACCAUCUGUGGAGGAUGAGGAUCACUUGGACCAGGAGAUCUACAACACAGUGAAGAAAAUCAUCAGGGACUUUGUCACCUCCUGGUACUCCACUGUGUCCUCAGAGAGUGCUUUUGAAACAGAGGUUCAAGAUGCCAUGAUCUCUAUGGCCAUGGAGCUAAAAAUACGUGCAAGACAGCUCAACAGGAAGGAGCUGACCCAGAGGAUCCUGAAUCUGUUUGGCUGCCACCUGCAGGACUAUAUCAGUGCCAAGGAGCUGGUGACCGAGCAGCAAACUCCUCGGACCACAAAGUGGAGCAGUGAGAGUGAGCAGUUGUGGAAAGCGUAUUCCAGGGUUACCACGCCUCAUCUUGCCAUGACCAGUGACACCGUGGAAGUCAACUACACCAGAGCAGUCGUAGAUUUGUUGCUGCAUGUUUUGGUGCCGUCGCCGCACCUGGAGAGCCGCACCGGACGAUUUGUUGUCGGAGAGCUCAUCACCUGCAACGUAAUGCUCCCUCUUAUUGCUAAACUGUCUGACCCUGACUGGUUAAACAUUCUCGUGAUCGAAAUAUUCGCUAAGUCCAGCAAACCAAAGGAGCCAAUUACAUCUGAGCCACUGGCUUCAUCACCACCACUAACGCCACCACCACCGCCGCCACCACCUGCUGAGUCAGAGCUUGCUUCACUACAAGAGACAACACAUGUACCUCAAAAGAAUAAUGAAGUCCCUCCGCUAAGAGCCGUGACCAAAAUGGUCCUUGACACAGAAACGGCCUCGCCUGAGCUUGCCACGUAUGAUGUGAUUGACUCAGAAGAGGUGGACUGUCCACAGAACAACACCGAAGAAGAGGAACCUACUCGGUCCUUUUUGAGGCAUUUCAUGAGAGAGACCAAGACAAACCCAUUUUACCAGGAAAGUGACUCCGACCUGGAUUCUCCCUUGGCGGACUAUAAACAAAGUUCCAUUGAUUCCCUGGUCAUGAUAGGCCAAGGGGAGGGCCUGUAUGACAAACGGAAGGAAUGUGCCACAUCUGUUGACAGCAGCAAUAAUGGUGUGGACCUGGAGGACGUUUUCCCCAGUCCGGUGGAUGGCUCCUGCCCUAAAGUCCUGGUGAAUUCCGAACCAGUAGGGCCUAAUGGCUGCGACCUCACAUCCGUUAGGACAGCAGAGGGGACUCCAAGUAACAUUAGCUUCCAGGACCUGGAGAGGGAUGGCAGUUCCCCUUUAGUAAAUCCAGCCAGAGAGCUCCUUCUGGGAGUAGACCAGGGAAACCCUAAUGAGCUGAUCGUAGGCAGUCCGUUGCAGGGGUCUUCCCCUAUAGCGUCGUUCAGUUUUGAGCCCCUCAGCAGCCCUGAUGGACCAGUCAUCAUCCAGAACCUCCGCAUCAGUGGUACCAUCACAGCUAAGGAACACCGCGGCACCGGCUCACACCCCUACACUCUUUACACUAUCAAAUAUGAGACAGCAAUGGGCUGUGAGAACCCAGAAAGCAUUCAGCCAGGAUCUGAGGAUGCUGAAGUUGUACCGUCAGGUUGUGAGAAUCCAUCAGCCGUUCAGCCGGUAGCCUAUCACAUGGUCAACAGACGAUACAGCGAGUUCCUCAACCUGCAAACACGGCUGGAAGAAAAAACUGAACUACGGAAACUCAUUAAAGGUGUGAAAGGUCCAAAGAAAAUAUUUCCUGACAUGCCGUUUGGAAACAUGGACAGUGACAGGAUAGAGGCCAGGAAAGGACUUUUGGAGACCUUUCUAAAGCAACUCUGUUCGAUCCCUGAAAUAGCCAACAGUGAAGAGAUGCAGGAGUUUCUGGCUCUCAAUACAGACGCCAGGAUUGCCUUUGUCAAGAAACCUUUCAUUGUGUCACGAAUAGACAAGAUUGUUGUGAAUGCCAUCGUGGACACCCUAAAGACAGCGUUUCCUCGCUCCGAACCUCCGAGCCCAACAGAGGAUAAUGAGGCAGAGAUAGAUGGAGGGAAAAUAGGUGCUGACAAGAAGAGCAAGUCUCGUCUGAAGUUCUCCAAUAAAAACAUCCCCUUUAUGAACGGCUCAGACAUCAGACCAAAGGUUUUGUUCAGUUGGGAGCAAACUAACACCGUGUUCAACGGGAUGUCUUUGGGAGAUUUGCAAGGCUUUAUCACUAAACAAGAAAAACUGGCCAUCAGAGUCGAGUCAGAGAGGGAGGACAGUCCAGUAAUAAGAGAAUUUGGAGGCUAUCUGGAUGACAGCUUGAGAGGAAAGCACAGUCAGGAACCUGCAUCUGAGAUGGCACUGGCUGAGGUGGCUCUCAACAUCCUGUGUCUGCUGAUGAAGGAGCAGUGGAGCUGGCUGUGCACUGAAAACAUUCAGAGGACCGUCAGGCUGCUGUUUGGGACCCUUAUUAACAGAUGGCUGGAUGUGAGCGUAGCCAACCUGACAUGCCCUGCAUACUGGGUGGUGUACCUGCAGGUCAUCCAGGAGUCUGUGUGGCCAGGAGGAGCUCUGCCUACGGCCCCUCAACUUGAACGCAGCCAGCAGCAGAAGGACAGUACCAGGCAACAAGCCUUACACUGUCUGAUGAGACUCCUACCAGAUUUGAUUUCAGACAUGUUGGGCUCAGAGAAGUACAAACUCAGCUGGCAGACUGCACUGGACUCCCUUCAAGACCCCAACAUUAACAGACAUCUGGUCUACUGCAUAUUUGAUCUUCUGCUGGAGUUCCUGGUUCCUGAAAUACCUGAGGAAGAUUUUCAGAGGAGCUUGUUACGUACCCUCUCCAAGAACCCAGAAAAGCUGCUGGCAUGAGAAGAAACCCCAGAGCAACCCCUGCAACCCCAGUUUUAGCACUGCGACAGCGAGGCCGCUCCUGUUCUACUAAUGUUCUGCGAUGAGAGUGUAAGUGAAGGUUUCAUGCAAGACUGAAUAUUCUCUGUCCCCACUUUAAAUUCCUGAGUUACCUCAAGCCGGUCUUUAAUUACGUGUUGAUGUGUUGACAUAUGAGGCUGCUUGAACACGGCGUCCUGUAUAUACACACACACACUAUUUAACACAAACUACAUUUGAAGCAGCUUUGAUUACAUGAGAGAACCUGGUUUGUGUUUGGUCUGAGAACGUGUCUGACGUGCUGGUCAGAUCUAAACAUGUGGCAAAGCCUUCUCCGAUCUCCACAUCAGGCCUCUUCCUGCUUGCUAAACUCUCCGGCUUUGACUAAACUCACUUCAGAUGGUCUUCGCACUCUGCCCUCAUCCCCUCUCGCCGUUUCUGGGUAGAAACACCUGUUGUUCUAAUCUGGAGAAGCAGGAUUUGCCCUUUCCUUCAACUUAAAUCUCAAAAUGCCUUAUUGGGAUUUAGCAUCACUGUUUCUAUUCUCUGUUGACCCAUUCUUUAACAUCCCACUGGCUUUGUAUCAAGCCACACAUGCGAUUCUGACAUAAUGUGAGCUAUACAUCCUAAAUCUGAGCCUUCCCGAGGGAUCACAUGUAUCUGGCAGUGAUUUUUAACCUGCAAAUGGUCCAGGUGUAGAAAAAAUACAUGCUGUAGUGUGGUGAAGAGUUGGCCAUAACAUAUUUUACUGGCUUUACAGAUGCGUCACAGUUCCUUUAAAAGGCCCCUGUGAGAAUUAUCUGUGCAGUUAAUGUCUAAAUCAUAUAAGAACUGGGAUCCACAAAAACAGGUAUAUGAAGGAUUGACCUAUGGUGUUGGUCUAGGUCCAUUCAAUAACGUAAACAUUGAACUGCUGGAGUCUCACUUACUUUUAGUGGUAUCUGUCUAUGCUAUCCAGUCUCUGUAAAUGUCUGCCUCCACCCCCAAAACAAUAUUGUUUAAUUUGUGGUGAUCACAGCAUUCCAGAAUUAAGUUAAAGAAAUUCUCCUCUGGAAAAUCCACAGACCUCACUGUGGACAAUCUUCACUAGAACUACUUUUGCUGAGGAAAAUGUCCCUAUGAAAACUGUUGGCUGUGCACUGUGUGGAUCAACACAGUAGAUUAAUACAGUAGAAAAAGCGACACGUGAUACUAAUAACAUUAUCAAUGGCUCCGUUCUAUUCAAGUAUCCCAGUAAGUCAUGACAGUGUGACAGCUUAUGGGCCAGUACAGGUUUCCCCCCAGUAAAUUGGUUAGAGGAGAUUGAUGCAAACAACAUGGAGCUACUGUCAUGCAAACUUUAAACCAACUUGAACCCGGCACUAUUUAGUAAAACCAGCUGGUCACUGUCAAAAUUCCUUUCAGCCUUUUUGUCUGAUUGGCAGUGCCACGUUUCGUUUUUCCUCUCACAUUUUUCUUCUCCACCUGAAAAGUCACAUAUUGAGAUAUUUGCCUUAACUUUUCCCAACGUGUAAAAGGAUGGUUUCCUUUUUUUCCCCGUCAUUACAAAAUGUUUUAAUGAAUUACCCCAAAAGUGAACGUGCCACCUGAUGAGCUGAUUUAGAUUCUGAUGUGUAUAAAUGUAAUACAUUAUCCCGGGCCUCCACCUUUGCUGCCUGAGGAUCAUGUAGUCAAUAGCUGUGGUCGUUCAUCCUCUACUCACCAUAGAAACCAUGUGAAGAGAGUUUUAGGGGUGUCACCACACAGUCUACAGUCAUUUUAAACAUAUGGUUUAAGGUUUUUGCACUUUUGGAGAUCUGCCUUGGCAUCUUACUGCCUUCAUGGUCUAACGCAACAAUCAGCGCUUAUUUCCCUGUUGGAAAAAGACAACGAACAGAAAUAUUUUGUAGCGAACUGAAAAUAUCCAAAGUAUGAAUCCAAAGUAUGUCACAACACAGAUGAGCCUUCAUAUCUCCAUCACAGUGUAGCCCUAACGUCUCAACACAGACGGUCUUAAAAUACUGCUUAGUUAAGCUUCAGUUGCAGCUGGCCAGAAUGGCGAUGUCAUCCAGAGUGAAUCAGAGUUCCAAAAUGUUACAGCAUGACUUUAAUUUGGCAAAGUUGUUAUGUGAAUUGUAAUACUGCAUAAUUUUGUAUUAGUAUGGCGUCCAGAUAUGCAGUAUUUUCUCAUUUAAAAAGCAUCAAAUGUCAAAAUAUGUCGCAAUCUGCAUAUUCAGUUAAAUUGUGGGAGUCUGACAUCAAGUUUGAAAAAUUUUACAUUUCAUCUAAAGUAAAAAAAUAAAUUAAUGUUCUGUCAUUCCAGUGUUUUGCACUUAUAUCCUGGUUUAAUGUUCUCAUCAUUGUCUUAACGUCCCUUUUUCCCUUUUCAUUGUGUAAACUUGUGAUUCAGCCUAUUUAUUAACCUAUUUAUUUGCUUGAUUUACUAAUUUAUGAUUUUUUUCAAGAUGCCCGUGGUGACAAAGAGUAGCAUCCUCGCUUACUAAGUGCUUUUAAUUGGAUUUUGCCUUACAAGGUGACUUGAUGAAGUUUGGUGUGCCUGUGCUGCAGUAAUGCAGCUGCAGCGCAGCCACUGACCCUGCCUUAGUAGAACAUAAGCACCCAGUUCCAGCUCUCUGUAGUGAAAUUGUUUAGUUACUGUGUCAAAUUGUGCUGAAUGUUAAAGCUGUUACAGUUAUUUGUUAAGAGAUUUUCUUUGGCUGAUGUAGGAAUCACGUUUGUUGCCAUGUGAAACAGACGAUUUACACCGUACAUGUUCUCUUAUCUACUGUGGAUUGCCACCUUGACAUAAAAUAUUUGCUCAGUAUAUCAUUAUAACGUCAACAGAACAUUUUGCUUUAGCGUUUAUGUUGUAAGAAGAUAUUUUUCAUGUUAUGUUUUUCUUUUCUUUUUAUGUCAAAAAAACUAAAAAAAAUCAGUGUAUCAUUCAAAGAAGUGUUCAAGAUAUGUUUCUUGUUAUAAGUGGUGUAUCUAUGGAGAAAAAUUUAAGUGUAUAUACAGUACAGGCCAAAAGUUUGGACACACCUUCUCAUUCAAUGCGUUA